GUGAGGAUGCAUAGCAGCAGUGAUAUGUGUCGAAUGAACAUCGGCUAAGUAGGCUACUUCUUUCUGCUGUGAUUGACAAAACCCUGCAGACACUUUGUUCAUUCAGCUCUUACAGACCAUUUUUGAACCAGAAACCGUCGGGAGUUGAUCGCGGUGUAAAUUUCCUCCAGACCGGGACUUCGCAGACGUUACGUUGGGACAAUGGAAUCUAACGUUAUCCCGGACAGUAUCCGCCCUCAGCGGCUACAGCCAGGGAUUGGGUUCGGUUCGGGACCCACCGGGACUCUCCGCUCCUCUCUCCGGCCCGGGGUGACGGUCCCCAUCGCGCCGCUGUUGCCCUCCCCGGCCUCUCUGGCCGCUUCGUGCGGGCCUCCUCCGCCGCCGCCUCCGCUGCAGCUCCACAGCCUGUACGGCGGGAUCGGAGCGGGGCUGGGGCCGGGGGCUGCCGGCCACUGUAACCCGGGGAACCCGGCGGUGCUGAAGGAGGCGGUGGAGGCUGUGGUCCGCAGCUUCGCCAAACACACACAAGGUUAUGGCAGAGUAAACGUGGUGGAAGCUUUACAGGAGUUUUGGCAGAUGAAGCUGACCAGAGGGGCCGACCUGCGGAACGGAGCUCUAGUUGUUUAUGAAAUGGUCCCAUCCAACAGCCCUCCAUAUGUUUGCUAUGUUAGUCUUCCCGGAGGCAGCUGCUUCGGAAGUUUCCAGUUCUGUCCCACCAAGGCGGAGGCAAGGCGCAGCGCUGCCAAGAUUGCUCUGAUGAACUCAGUUUUCAAUGAACACCCCUCCCGUCGCAUCACAGACGACUUCAUUGAGAAGAGUGUCAGUGAGGCCCUGGCCUCCUUCAAUGGAAACAGAGAAGAGGCUGACAAUCCCAACACAGGAAUUGGGGCAUUUCGCUUCAUGCUUGAGUCCAACAAAGGAAAAUCCAUGCUGGAGUUUCAGGAGCUGAUGACUGUGUUCCAGCUGUUGCACUGGAACGGGAGUCUCAAAGCCAUGAGAGAACGACAGUGUUCCCGACAGGAAGUGCUGGCUCACUAUUCCCACCGGGCUCUGGACGAUGACAUGCGCACUCAGAUGGCUGCCGACUGGGUGAACCGGGAACAGAGCGUGGCGGCCACUAUUGCGCAGGAGGUGGCAUCGACAGAGCGAGAACUGGAGGACGCCAGGCUGGCGGGCAGAGAACUGCGUUUUUACAAAGAGAAGAAAGACAUCCUGAUGUUAGCCGUGGGCCAACUCAGUGCAGCCAACACUGCCACCCUGCCCUCGCACUAAACCUACCGUCCAUUUUGGAAACAUGCCUUCACACUCCAUAGGAUUCCUGGUAACAGUAUUGAUCCCUUCAUAGAUUUAAAGGUGAUGUCAUCUGAACUUUUAGGUUUCUUGUGUUUUUUUAUGACAACCAGGUAAUCAGUCCUUUGACUUACAGUAUGCACAGCCGUCCAUAAAACACACACCUACCGCUAUAGCCGUUACCUCUUUGUGCCUCGUGAUUACAGGAUACAAUUACAGUGCUUUAAAAAAAAAACACCUGUAAACGUGCUUGGCAUACCAGCUGACUGAGGUUUACAUGUUUGUUUAUUUCUUUAUUUCAUACAGUAUUUAGUCAAAGAAGACGUACAGAAACACAGCCUGCCUUUCAUCAGUGAAUGUACAGGACAUACGUUAAUAUGACCCAUCAAACCAAACACAUUUGAUCAGGGUAUGGAUCAUUCUGAAGUUGGUUUCUUUCAUGUUUUGGGUGGGUUUACUUGCACAUAGUAUUUUGGAGUCUGGCAAGUGAAGCUGGUCAAAUGUAUGGGUCUUUAAACCUUGAUGGCAAAUACCCUGUGUCCAUGAAUAAUCAGUAUAUUUUGUCGCCACAAACACAGCAAGAACAGCAAAGAGACAAAAGUAUGUGGAAAUCCUCAAAUGAUACCAAAAUUUAAAUAAGAAAUGAAACAUACAUAUUGGCUCAUGUAAUAAUUUGUGGGUACUUGUCAGCAGGAGACUGAUUGCUCUGACAGCAGCUCAGGUUUUUGGAGAAAAAAAAUCAGAUAGUGAACCAUCACUAAGUUAUCUUUUUUCUUUUUGUUUGUGAAGGCUCCUGACAACUAUUUUAGUGUUCAUUGAUCGCUUGGUGACCAUGACACUAGCUGAAUGUAUAUUUUCAGUGUGCUAUCAACUAAGGGAUCUGUUAAGCGGUGCUGACAUUUAGACUAUUGAAUUACUCUCGUGAUACAGAUUGUGUUUGUGUCAAGUGGUUCAUCUGGAGGAGUUAAGAGGAGUUGUUGCUUUGUUGACUAAAAUGUAGGCCCGGGACCUCAGCAUGAACACUGUAGUGACUGGAGGAAAAAUGUGGAGUUGAUGAAUGAUUCAUCAUGUAUGAGUUAUUGUAGUCAAUACAAAACAGUACCAGCACUUGUGGUUUAUGUUUUUGACGAACUGGAAGUUCGGAACUUUGUUAGCAGUGCUAGUGUGUGUCCACGGGCUAACAAAAAUGUAUGAAACACGCACUUAUCACCUUUCAAAUAUUUUUUAUGUUGAAAGACCUGAAUUCGUUUAUACUGUAAAUGUGAUAUCUUUAUUUUUCUUUAUCUAUCUAAAAGUAUUGAAUACAUUAUAAGCAUGAACGGUUUUCAGUGAGUAGUCUUUUAAAGACCCCAUGUAAUGGAAUUGAGAGUUUAAUUGAUAAUGAGAGGCUCUGGUUGGAGGGAACUGUGGGCAUUGAGUUAUGUGGGUUAAACAGCAGGAGGGCCUGUCUUGCUGGUGGAUUGUCAACAUCAGAAACUGAUUACACAAAAUUUUUGGGAGACGGCAAAUAGAAAAAAAGAAGAAGAAGCAGAGAUGGAAUGUGAUGGAGCCAGAACCAAUUUUAUUAUUGUAUUCUUGUAUCUCUUCCCUGGGAUCAUUGUGCCUUUAUGGAAAUUGUAACAUGCAAUAGUUUGACAUGUAAAAAACUCAAAACUUUCAUUUCAUUUUAUGAGGUCUUUAAAGUAUGUUCUACUCUGCUUUAUGAUGUUUUUUGUCAUUUCAUGUAAAGGUUAAAAUAUAGAUUACAUGCUAUAUUACUGUUACAGUACCUUAAAGGAAUAGUUUGAUAUUUAGGGAAAUUCUUGUAUUUGCUUUCUGGUGGAUAGUUAGCUGAGAAGAUUGACACCACUCUCAUGUCUGCUGUGCAUUACAUAAAAAGCAGCCAGUUAGCUUAGUGUACCAUUAAGACAGAAAGGUUAGCCUAGCCCUGUUGAACAGUAAUAAAAUUUGCCUACCAGCACCCCUAAAACUGACAAGUUCAUAUGCUAUUUCUCAUUUCUUUAAUCUGUAAAAACAAAAAUAAGUGUGUAAAAAUUGCAAUUUGCCUAUUCAUCGAGGGCCAGUAACUUUCUAGAGUCUAAAGUUUACAGUACAUAUGUAGUGAUAUCAAUCUUUUCAUCUGACUCUCCACCAGAAAGUGAAUAAACGUAUUUCCCAAAUUGUCGAACUAUUCCUUAAAUAUGUUACAUGACAUUAGAUUAUGAAGGAUCUAUUAAAUCUUACUACCUUUGGUAUGCUUUUCUAAUCAUUAUAUAGUGUUUGUUUGGUACUCAGCUUACAAAAUAUGUGUGCAGCACAAGUAGGAAAAUGUUUUUUAAAUAAUGUUGUCUUCUUGGCAAAGACCCUGCAGCUCUCUUCAUGAAAUACUUAAAAUAGGCCUUUGAACUGAUACAGUGAACACUUUGACCUCACAGUUCUGCAGCUUGGAUACAACCCUGUUAAUCUCACAUUUCCCUUUUCACUUUGGUUUACGCCUACUCACAGAAUCUCAUCUGCAGAUAUGUUUCUGAAUUCAUUAGUGGUUGUAUCGUUCCUAAAAAUAUACUGAUCUACCAGUGCACUCAUGCUAAAGCUCAAAUAUACAGGGAUGAGGCUAGAGAUCUUUAAUUGUGUGUUUUUGCAAUUUUCUUCUAAUUUAGAUGUGUAUUGUGUGUGUGAUUUUUGAGUUAUCUUCUUACAAAUGCCUUUGACUUUUCUUUGUGAUCAUUAUCAGUUAAGGCUUUUUUAAACAAUUUAUUUUUUCCUAUCCAUUUUAUAAAAACACUUUUUUUCCUUUACUUUGAUGCAUGUGUUGAUUAAGUUUUUUUUUUUUUUAUAUUUUUCAUAUUCAAUACAGUAUUGUUUUCUCAAGGCCCUUAUUUUAUGUAUUUUCUAUGAGUAUUUUAUAUUCCAUGUUUAUACUUUUAGUAGAUUUAUAUGAUGUAAUAAAUUUGCUCAUACAAAUGUU